CAUUUUAAGUUGUAAAUUAUCGCCGUAUUCUGACGUAUCUCACGGCCACAAACCAGUCUCUCUACAUGGUAUCCCCAACACAGUAGUAUCACUUAUCUUGUGGUAUUGUAGCAGAGUUCUUCGGGGAGGACGCAUUCGGCGAUAAGAUGUCGACUCGUUGCGUAGUUUGCAGCGAAAAAAUCGCAAAUAUACUGUUCGUUUUAUUAAUCAUCGGAUUUAUAUCGCUCGCUUCAAGUGAUGUAGGGGAUUUAUGUGGUGAUAAAUUAACGGGAAAAUGUAUUUUGGUAACGGAUUGUAAACCAGCCGAGGAAGCUCUGAGGAAAAGAAAACACCACGGUUUAGAAAGAUGUGGCUUUAAAGGCGAUUUAGAGAUAGUUUGUUGUAACGAACACCGCGAUGUUCUCGUUAGACGUCCUGAUACGCGAAAAAGCAUCAUAGCCUGCAAAGAUUUCCAGAACGAAAUAUCGGUUACGCCGUUUAUUUUGGGAGGAAUUAAUGUAUCUUUGGGGGAGUAUCCCCACAUGGCCUCUCUAGGUUACGAAGAUGAAACCAAAGAUGAUUACCUUUAUGAAUGUGGAGGUGCUUUAAUAAGCGAUACCUACGUUUUAACAGCGGCUCAUUGUUUAGUUAGACAAGAUGGUAAAGUACCAAAAAUUGUUCGUUUCGGAACGGUGGAUAUUUUGGGGGAGGAUGAUGUUAAACCCCAAGAUAUCCCAGUUGCGGAGGUUUUCCCGCACGAUGAUUAUUCAUGGCACAAAAGGGUACAUGAUAUUGCUCUUGUGCGUCUUACUAAACCAAUCGAGCGAAAUGGUUAUGUUAAACCGAUUUGUUUGCAUAUGAAAGAUGAUGAUCCACCCGAAUUAAUUGUUUGUGGAUUUGGGAAAAUGGGGAAUACAAGAGAAGGCUCUCGAUUUCUAUUAAAAACUUCGUUAGCUCCCGUAAACAUAAAUGAUUGUAACAAUACGGCUCAAACUAGAAUUGCAGCAAAGCCAGUUUUUGACACACAAAUUUGCGCGACAUCUAGCGAUGACACAUCGAGGGAUACUUGUGAAGGAGAUUCAGGUGGGCCAAUGUUUAUCGAAAGCAAACAAGUUAAAGGAGUGAGUAUACCAGCUUCGUUAGUUGGAAUAACAUCAUAUGGGCCAUUAUGUGGAAGUAAAUUCCCUUCGAUUUAUACUCGCGUUUCAAAAUACAUCAAUUGGAUUGAAGAAAAAGUGUGGCCUUAAUUUUUUUAAACUGUUUUUUGUAUAUAUUAUGCUUAAAGGACACAUUACUAAACAUUAUGACAAUCAAAA